CUACCCGGAAGAUAAAUAAACCAGAAUUUGCAGCAAGAGCCUUUACGCUGCCUCACGCCACCAUUACCGACGGAAGAUGGCGGCGUCAGGAACCGCAGCCCCCCGUUGCCUUGUCCAGUAUGUUGUAGUCCGUUCGGAUCUGGUCCAUUCGUUGUCCUGGCCAUUGGGAGCGGUUAUAUCGCAAGCCUGCCAUGCUGCCACCGCCGCCAUUCAUCUAAACUACAACGAUCCAGACACGCAGGAGUACUUGGCAGAAUUGGACAGCAUGCACAAAGUGGUGCUUCAGGCUCUGGACCAGGCCUCCCUGUCCAGCCUGUCUGAGACGCUGACAGAAAAGGGGGUGGCUCACAAGCUGUGGGUCGAACAGCCAGAGAACGUCCCCACCUGCCUGGCCCUGAAGCCGUACCCUAAAGACACUGUACACCCUCUGCUGCGCAAGUUUAAACUGUUCAAAUGACACAGACACACCCUGUACAUGCAUGUGGUGAAUGGAGUCUGGACCACGGCUCCACACCUGUUAAGAUGUUAUUAUUUUUUUGG